AUGAGCGGCGCGGCGCUGGCCAUCGAGAUCGUGGUGGUCUUCUUCCUCGCUCUCUUCCUCCUGCACCGCUAUGGCGACUUUCGCAAGCAGCAGCGCAUGGUUCUGUUCUGCACGCUGCUGGCCUGGUACCUCUGCUUCCUCAUCGUCUUCAUCCUCCCACUGGAUGUCAGCACGACUAUUUACAACCAGUGCCAGAAAGACAAUAAUGAACAUGCAGCCAUGGUGACAGUUACCGUGGCGUUUUCCAACCGGACGACCGCCAACUCCUCCGUGUCGCCCACCCGAAGCCUCCCCAAGACGUGCUAUAAACCCUGGAGCUACAUCCCAAUGAGAAUCAUGCCUGUGUUCUGGCGAGUGGUGUACUGGACCUCACAGUGUCUGACCUGGCUCCUGUUGCCCUUCAUGCAGUCUUACGCCCGUUCGGGAGGAUUCUCCAUCACCGGGAAGAUCAAAACGGCACUCAUCGAAAACGCAAUCUACUACGGCACCUACCUGCUCAUCUUUGGCUCACUGCUCAUAUACGUGGCUAUACACCCUCAAUGGCGCCUAUCAUGGUACGAGCUCCAGACAAUUGGCAUCACAGCUGCCAACACGUGGGGGCUGUUCCUGCUGGUGCUUCUGUUGGGUUACGGCCUGGUGGAGAUCCCCCGCUCCUACUGGAAUGCCUCCCGCCGCGGCCACCUGCUCCUGAAGACCUACUUCAAGGCGGCCAAGCUGAUGAGCGAGAAGGCAGACGCUGAGGAGAGCUUGGAGGACAUCAUGGAGGAGGUGAGGAAGGUCAGUGAAUCUAUUAAGUACAACCACCCCCUGAGGAAGUACAUCGACACAAUUCUGAGGAAGUGUCCCGUGGAGUACCAGGAGAAGAUGGGCAGGAACAUGGAUGACUAUGAGGACUUUGAUGACAAGCAGAACACUUACCCCUCUGAGAAGAGUCUGGUGAAGCUGCACAAGCAGGUGAUUUACGCAGUCCAACGGCACAAUCGAACCCGGGUCCAGUGGCAGAUCCUUUUAGAGCAAGCACUCCACCUAGAGGACGUGGCCAAGAAUGAGACCAGCUCAACGCGGCAGUUUGUUCACAGCUUUGCCCCAACAGAAACAGAGGGUUGGGUCAACCGGUACCUGUACACCCCCACUGUCGAGUGGUACUGGGAGUGUCUCCUGAAACACUGGUUCUACCGCCUGCUGGCCGUGGUGCUGUCCCUCUUCUCAGUGGCCGUGGUCUGGUCAGAGUGCACCUUCUUCAGCACCCAGCCCGUGCUCUCCCUCUUUGCGGUCUUCAUCCAGCUGGCCGAGAGGGACUACAACUACCUGUACAUAGAGAUGGCGUGCUUCAUCACCAUCUUCUUCUUGUGCACCUGCGUGUAUUCCACCGUCUUCCGCAUCCGUGUCUUCAACUACUACUACCUGGCUACACAUCACCAGACUGAUGCCUACAGUCUUCAGUUCAGCGGCAUGCUGUUCUGUCGUCUGACUCCUCCCCUUUGCCUCAACUUCCUGGGUUUGAUCCACAUGGACUCUGCCAUCUCCCACCAGCAGAAGGAGCAGACUGCUUACACAUCUAUCAUGGGAUCUAUGAGAGUUCUGUCUUUCAUCGCCAAUGGCUUCUACAUCUACUACCCCAUGCUAAUUGUUAUCCUCUGCAUCGCCACUUAUUUCAGCCUUGGAACCCGGUGUCUCAACCUUCUGGGCUUCCAGCAGUUUAUGGGCGAAAGCGACAUGACCUCUGACCUCAUCGACGAGGGCAAAGAACUCAUUCGACGCGAAAAGAGGAAACGGCAAAGAGUGGAAGAUGGAGAGAACAGACGUAGAGAAUGGAAGGAGCGCUAUGGAGGUCAGCGGGACGACUACACGGCCAGGAACAGGAGCAGCCACGCCGAGCUGAAGGAGACCAGCUACAGCGACGUUUCCAAUGCCACCACCAGCAGCAGCGGCGGCGGUGGCAGCAGGCAGGCGAAGUACACGCGGCCCAGCGGCCGGCCUGAGAGGGACCGCAUCGAGCUUCUGCAGGACGCCGAGCCGUUGGAUUUCAAUGCCGACAUGCUGUCCGAUGACCCGCUGGAGUCCGAGUCCGGGAGGCACUCCGGGGGGCGCUAUCUCUCCAUGUCGUCGUCACGAAGCCGCAUCUUUGACGACGUGUGAGGAUGGAGCCGUGGGCUGGGGGGGACGGACCGAGGGGGAAGCCGAAGCCAGGGGGCAGGAAACCCUGAAGUUUGACCCCUGACCUCCAGCGAACAUACCUCCCCAGUCCACAGGUGGCAUGCUGUGUCUGGACCUCUCUCCGUUCGGCCAUUCUAUCACCCCUUCGCUUCUGCUCUCUCGAACACCUACAUUCUCUCAACAUAAACCCUGGGCUCCCCCGCAGCCCUCGAAGCACGGUAACUGUGACCUCGGCUAGGGAGCCACACCGGUGAAGCCUGUUAGUAUAAAUGGUGGGAUUAUUCCAUGGAGACAUAGUAACCGACGCCUUGAAAAUGUUACUCCACCGUCCGGUUUGGCAUCUGCUGCAAGCUGGCCCUCGGGAGCGGCGUGGGCCCAGGGUUCCUUUCCCCAAUCGCCUUGUCCUCCUGGUCCUCCUGGUGAAGUUGCACAUGUUCCUGUAGGCCCUCGCUGUGCUUCUCAAUGAGGUGGCUUUCGUGCUGAGCCUGUUGAUGAAGGAUGCCUGCUGCCUCAGGUCUGCUUCCUCUGGCCCUGAAUGUAAGCGAGUCCCUAGCAUGGACAUCAGUCAGUCAAACGACGAGUGUUGGCACCCGGUCCUGCGCCGUCUCGUCGUGCUUCACAUCUGCCCCUGCCUGUCUGAUCCAUCUUGGUGUGGCUGCCCCUUUGCAUGUUAGGAGUUCUCUCUCAUCUGCAGUGAAGGUGUAUAUGAAGAGAACGGUGACUGAACAAGGCAGGGCCGCUAUGGUACCAGGCAGUCAAGGUAGUACUGGGACAUGGACUUGGCCGAGUCCGGCCUUGGGUCAGCCCCAUGCUUUCUACCUGAUAUUUGUAUUUCUCCUAAAUGGGGUUAUUAAAUAAACUGAUUGUAGCAAUGUAACAUGCCCUGAUGGUCAGUUCCCAGGUUUUUGAAGAAUUCUGAAUGAUCCAUGUCUGAAUAAUGAGCGUUAUUACCCAUAAUUACUCACAGCUGUUAAGUAAUGGGAGUUCUUGGGGAUUCUGCCUUGUCCUGAGUAUCUGAAUAGUUUGUGGUAUGCUUGAUCUUCCUCUGGGAUUUCUUAACACUCGCACUGUAACUUCACUAAGUCAUCUUCAACCCACGCCGCAGUAGUGAGUGACUGUUUUGGUAAACCUGAAGGAUUUUUCUGGACGAAUGCAGUAUCGUAGUAAAUUGAGCCAGUGAGAGCCACAGGAGAGGCAUAGAUGUGAAUACUGAUCCCAGAACAGGGUGAUGAAGGUAAAUGCUACAGCAGACACACUGUUCUGGUCUGCAAGCUGAUUCCAUGUGUCUCAGUGAACAUGAGCUUCUUCUUAAAGCCACCGAUUUGUUCUGCCGGUGGUCGUACAGGUUGGAAAUGCCGCAUUGAGUUUUACUGUAACGGCCUUGAGGACCACUCUAAGUAUAGAUGGCCAGUGAACAUGGUUCUCAUGUUGCCCGCCUGAUUCUCUCAAGCUGCAGUGCAUCACAAGGAUUAAGGGCCUUAAGGAGGAAGAGGUUUCCUGAGUUAGGGUGCAGGACUAGGCUGUGGUCUGUACAGUUAAAGGCAGAAAAUGCUCAUGUGACAUAAGUGUACAGAUUCCUUUGUAUGGGUAUUAUUUAACCAACUACAAACCUGUUAGUAUAGUGGUAGAGAAUGCUCUUAAAGUCAUUGUGUUUUUGAAAUGUUGCACUUUGUGGACUUUUAACACAGGAUUUUUUUCCUCCACCUUCCUGUGGCACUUAAACACUGCAGGGCUGCAGAAUUAAGAUGCGGACUAACAGCUGACUUUUAACCUGUUAAGAUGCACUUUUAGGUGUGGGAACAGCAUUUGCUUUCACCGGUCUGGAACUGCUUGUGAUGAUGAUUUGGGUGGAAAUCACAGGUGCCGCUGAGAUGGCGGGGGGGCGCCAGAGCUCCAGCUGCAGCCCACGCCGUGCUGUCGCCAUGGCGCCCGCUGUAUGCACUACAGCUGCGGUAUUUAUACCAAGACAAACUUCUCUUACUCUUUACACAGCAUGAACUUGUAUGACCAUAAAGAGAUGGCAGGUUCCCACAUGGGUGUGUGUGUAUGCACGUGUGCAUGCACGUGUGCACACUCACUAUGAUUCACUAAUGGGGAGGGGGGCUUUAAGAAAGGCUGGAAUAUUUCUACUAGUCAGUCGCUGAAAAAACCACGAUUACUGUUGGAAAAUGUCUCGUGCAAUGUCACAGUUAUUGCCACCUUGACAAUCCUUUUUCUUUUUAUUUGAUUAAUUUAUUAAAUGUAUAUCUCAACUUCCAUUUAACUAUGACUGGUAGGUACUCAUUCUAACACGAGUGACUGUUUGCCAGUGAUUGUUAAUAUAUAGAUGAUUUAAAAAUGUGCAUACUGUUAUUUGAUGUUUCUGUUUUGGUGCUGGAAUCCUGUGAUUAACUUAUUGCCCUUGGUAUGAUAUGUAUCUGAAAUAUACAUAAAAAAAAUAAAUGUGAUGUACCAGAAUAAAGUGCUGCAUUACAUCGA